CCAUGGAUAUUAUUAAAUAUACCAACUAUAUAUUACUUCUUAUUUUUCAUCAGAGAUAAGGUUUAAUAUUUAGUCUUCAUAGGCUUGAUCUCCUCGUUGUUCAACUAUGUUAAUAUACCAUUUGUACACGGUAUUCUUUGUCGUAAAAGUCUCACAUGCUGAAGAUUCCACAAUACAUUUUUAAUAAUUAAAUUAUUUAGAUAAUGCAGGAAAUUUGGUUUUCAUUUUGCAUGUGCUCACAAAUGACCUAUAUAAACACAAGUUGCUUAUUAAUUAUUGAGUUCAUUGGAAAUUGAAGUGAAACUCAGAUGGCAAGCCCAAAAUUCAGUUUCUGUUUCCUAGUUCUUUUCGUAAGCAGCUAUGGCAUAACUUGCUGCCUAGGGGAUAUAUGGCAUCCAAAAGAACAUGCUGCCUUAUUUGUAUUUGGAGAUUCAUUAUUUGAUGUUGGAAAUAAUAAUUACAUCAAUACUACUGCUGAUAAUCAGGCAAAUUACUCUCCAUAUGGGGAAACCUUCUUCAAUUAUCCAAGUGGUAGAUUUUCUGAUGGUCGCGUGAUUCCAGAUUUAAUAGCUGAUUAUGCUAAGUUGCCUCUAAGCCCACCAUAUCUUUUUCCUGGUUAUCAAAGAUACCUUGAUGGAGUCAAUUUUGCAUCAGCAGGAGCUGGGGCUUUGGUUGAAACCCAUCAAGGACUGGUGAUAGAUCUGAAAACUCAACUAAGUUAUUUCAAGAAAGUCAGCAAGAUAUUGAGUCAGGAACUAGGAGAUGCGGAAACCACAACUCUGCUGGCCAAGGCAGUGUACUUGAUUAACAUUGGAAGCAAUGAUUAUUUAGUCUCUCUGACAGAAAAUUCGAGUGUCUUUACUGCUGAGAAAUAUGUCGACAUGGUAGUUGGUAACCUUACAACUGUGAUCAAGGGGAUUCACAAGACAGGAGGGAGGAAAUUUGGGGUUCUUAACCAGUCAGCUUUGGGUUGUAUUCCAUUGGUCAAGGCACUAUUAAAUGGAUCUAAAGGUUCCUGCGUGGAAGAAGCUUCAGCGCUAGCCAAACUACAUAACGGUGUGCUUUCUGUGGAACUUGAGAAGUUAAAGAAACAACUAGAAGGAUUUAAAUAUUCAUACGUUGAUUUUUUUAACUUAUCAUUUGAUCUUAUGAACAACCCCUCAAAAUAUGGGUUAAAAGAAGGCGGCAUGGCAUGCUGUGGCAGUGGCCCUUACAGGAGAUAUUAUAGUUGCGGAGGUAAAAGAGCAGUGAAAGAUUACGAGUUAUGUGAGAAUCCUAGCGAUUAUGUUUUCUUUGACUCCAUUCAUCCUACUGAAAGGUUUAAUCAGAUUAUUUCCCAGCUUAUGUGGAGUGGAAACCAAAGUAUUGCUGGCCCAUACAAUCUCAAAACACUAUUUGAAGAAUAAUCCAAUCAUGUUCAGAUAAAUGUCAUAGUUCUCUCUGUGGGUACUGAUAAAUAAAUGAUGAAACAAUGUAAUCAGCAGUUACAAUUGUAACAUCUUGAUGGAUUAAAGAAACAAUACUUUUUUUUUUGCACAGCAAAAACAACUGAUAUAUUAUAAGAAAGAGUAGUGCUUUACCACAAGAAGUGGCAAAACUUGUCCCAAAAGAUACACGAUAGGCAGCCUCCUAUUUCUGGUCUGGAAGAUUUAUAUGUCGGAGACCUUAUUGAUCACGAGAAAAGGGAAUUGAGAAAGGAGCUUCUUGAUGAUUUGCAAUUUGUUC